UUAUAAAACAUGUGAUGGUUUAAUCCAUUAAUAGAAACCGGUGCUUUCAAUGAAUUACCAUGGAAAGAGCAAAGAAGAUUCUCCCUUCACAUGCUUAGAGAUCUCGGAUUUGCAAAAACACGAAUGGAAGAGCACUUGAAAGAAGAAAUUCAUGAUUUGUUAGAACAUUUUGAAGAGUUUGGAGGAAAGCCAAUUGUUCUUAAGCCUCUUUUAGCUCCUAGCAUGUCUAACAACAUAGCCACGCUUGUUUUCGGGCAAAGGCUAAAAUAUGAUCAUCCAGUGCGUCGAAUGCUGGAUAAGGGUUUAGGUGACGCUGCUGCAGCCGCUGGACAAGUAGCCUGGGAACUAUUUUUUCCAUUCCUAGCCAGUGUUGUAAAAUUGCUUGGUUUCGGUGGAGCUGCUAAAAUUGCUAAAACUCAAAAAGAAACUAAAGAAUAUAUCCACAAACAAAUUGAUCAACACGAGCAAACUUUGGAUGAAAACAAUAUAAGAGAUUACAUUGAUGGCUAUUUAUUAGAAAUACGAAAAAGAAAUGACAAAGCUUUUUGCAGUAAGUGAGAUUUUCUUUAUUACGUAGAAAAAAAAAAUCAAUAGUUUCUUC